AUGGAAGGUUUAACCGCCUUGGUUAGGAAAGCGGUUAACUUGGAUGAUUUUAAACCUUUCUCUUAUGGGGAUGUGGAUCAUGUUGAUAUUAUACAAUUUGCGGACGAUACUAUUAUCCUUGGUGAAGCAUCUACAAAAAAUCUUUGGUCUUUAAAGGUGUUGUUGAGAGGAUUCGAAAUGGUGUCGGGCUUGAAAAUUAAUUUUUCCAAGAGUAAUGUAUUCGGUGUGAAUGUUGACGAGGUCUUUAUGAAUACGGCUACGUCCUUUCUCGAUUGUAAGAAAGGAGUAAUUCCUUUCUUGUUUCUUGGUAUUUCGGUGGGGGAGAAGCCUAGAAGGAGGAGGAUGUGGACGAGGGUGAUCAAUAAUCUUAAGAGUAGGCUCACGUCUUGGAAGGGUAGAAAUUUGUCCAUAGGCGGGAGAGUGAUUCUCAUCAACGCGGUCCUUAAUGCAAUUCCAUCUUUUACUCUCUCUUUUUAUAAAGUUCCGGGAAUGGUACUUAAAGAGAUUAAAAGCCUUUUGAGUAAUUUCUUGUGGAGUGGGAAUGUUAACAAACGUUGUAUUCAUUGGGUGAAAUGGAAAACGGUUCAAGCGAGGUAUGAAGAUGUUUGCAAGCCAAAAGAUUCGAGUUGGUGGAGGGACAUAAUAUCUAAUGAUGUGAAGGUGGAUUUUAAUGAAGAUGGUUUUUCUUCUUGUGUGCAAAGUAUUUUAAAGGAGGGCAACCAUGUUUUAUUUUGGUACAGUUUAUGGUUGGGUGACCAAACUCUUAGGAUUAAAUUUCCGGAUUUGUUUGAGUUGACAACUAAUAAACUAGGUACUGUGGCAGAUGUGUUACUGUGGGCAAAUGGAGAGGCUGGGUGGAACAUUAAGUUUCUGUUUGGGGCUGCGCUGGAGGGGCUUUUGCAGGCUGCAGCGCUGUCGUUUCCGGACAGUGGCAGCAGAUGA